AUGUCUGUGCAGAGCCUCAUCGAGGCCUUAAGCUUUCCUUACCAUGAACCUCGGCAUGGUUUCUGGGGAGAGAAAACUUCUACAUUGAACUUUUGCGAGGAGGACUACGUUAUGAGUUACUAUUGUGCCGAAGUCUGCAAUACCUUCACCAAUGCUCUCUUCGUAUGGCUAGGCCUCAAAGGCAUCCGAGGGUGCAUAAAAUAUUCACACCCUCUGAUUUUCGUUGUCACUUUUGCUGGAUACAUAGUGGUCGGCCUAGGGUCUACCUUUUUCCAUGCUACUCUUAAGUAUCCUAUGCAACUAGUGGACGAACUUGCCAUGAUUUAUACGACCUGUUUCAUGUGCUUCGCUACGUUUACAUACGGUAGAUCUAUUCGCUUUUCCUCCCUCCUUGGUACCGGCCUUCUCUGGCUUUCGUGGUUUAUAACUACAAGAUAUUAUAAAACCAAGGAUCCUCAAUUCCACCAAGACGCCUAUGCGGUAUUGACCGCCACGGUGGUCUUCUCUAACAUGUGGAUUAUGGAGCGAACACUCCGGCCGGCCCUAAAGGCGAGAGAAGAAGGUAGAAAACGAGAAGCUCGCGCUCCGAGGUUACCGACAACCAAUGAGAUGAUAAGACAGAUGUGGGUCUUGGUUGCAACAGGGCUCAGCAUAUUCCUCGGUGGUUAUCUUAUCUGGAACUUGGAUAAUAUGUACUGCAAUACGAUUCGUAAAUGGCGGCAUCAACUCCAGCUUCCCUGGGCAGUCGUCCUUGAAGGUCAUUCUUGGUGGCAUUUGAUGACUGGAAUAGGUGCAUACUUCUACAUUGUCUGGCGCAUUUGGAUCCACCGCUGUUUAGACGGUGAUGAGGAUAAAUUUCAACUUGUCUGGCCCUCGAUCUUCCGGAUGCCAGAAGUAGUCGCCCUAGAGGACGUAACGGAUAAGAAAAAGCAAUAG